AUGGAAACCACAGAGAUCUACUUACCCGACACGACCGCCUUACUCAUGGCUUUCGUCUACCCUUCUCCGCAGCCUACCACUUCAGCCAAUGCUCUUUUGGAUUCUCAACCAGGGACAUCGGAAAUACAAGCUACGUCAUCGAUCGCAAAUCAGAGAGAUACACACCCAAGCACAAAUGAUCUUUCGUUAAGCCCCAACUACGAACGCCCCCAAGGACCCGCAGUAGACGUGCAGUCGCAUAAUGGACAUGCCGUACUGUCAUCCCUUGAUCUGAGUAGCCAACCACUGAACUUUCCACUUGACGACGCUACUGGAGGUUUUCCUACCAGCUCCAUGGAUGAUUUCACGUCGUUCAUGGAUAGCGUGCCUAUCCCAACCCAUCCAUUCUCUCCAUCAUACCAGCCUGUCCCUUUGUUUUUUCAAGAUGCUGAAGCGAUCACAGGCUUUGAUUUUGGGGGUGAUGGAUACUCUUACAUCGGGUGGCCGGGCGAUUUACUACGGUCUUCCGCUCCUAAGAUUAGCGCCUCGUCUGGGAAUCUUGGACCAUCUUCUUCGCAGUUCGAUUCAAGGCUUCCGUCAUUGCACCCCGACGAAGGAGUUGCUGACGAUAUAUCGCGCUUUCCCGGUUGCAAGACCCAAAAUCGUCAUUUGCUGGUGUCUGCAGAGUGCCGACAGCGAAAGAUAGAUGAUCUUCGGAAGUUUUCUACAAUCACCGACAAAGAGUUCGCUCUCCCAUCGCGACACGUCUUAUCCCGAUUUCUCGGGGGAUAUUUCAAUGCUUUUCAUGACCACUUUCCAUUUCUCCAUAUUCCAACUUUCGAACCAGGGGAGGUUAGCGUGGAGUUCUUUCUAGCAAUGAUGUCACUUGGAGCUCGCUACACACGAGAAUUGGAGAUAAGCAUCGACUUCUUCAAAGCUGCCAAGACAAUCGCCUUUGAACGGAUCCGGAAACACCGCGAGGAUCGCCCUGCGAAGACUUUUGAUCAGAACAAAUGGCGGUCUAGCAAUGCGACGUCGAGGCGACUCUCGAAUCGGCGGGACCCGCUGCCGUGGAUUGACGGCAAGGGUCAUGUUGUUGAAAUGAUCGAGACAGUACUCCUUCUAGUUGCAGUGACGACUUGGUCUGAACCUGGCUCAGCGUCCGACGCGUUGUUGAUUCGCGGCGUGCUGGACUCUCUCAUUCGCGACGAGGAAAUUCUUCACGCUUACGCAACACCACCAGGCGAUUGGAAAGGCUGGAUUUGCCAUGAAAACCUGAAACGAACAAUUUUCGUCGCCUUCUGUUUUCUGAAUAUCCACACCAUUGCCUUCGAUGUGCCCCCCUUGUUGUUGGUAAGCGAAGUGGGUCUCGAUCUUCCAUGUUCCGAGAGGGAGUGGAGGGCCGAAAGCGAGACAGAAUGGAAAAACAUACGCGAGACCGCCGGGCAAAAAUGUCAGGAUUUCCGAAGAGCUUUUGCAUGUCUCUUUGUCGACGGCAAUGAGCAGCCUGAGGAAUCGAGGCUGGAUCAUGGCGGCUUCUCCUCACUUGGAGGAUGUGCUCUCGUCCAUGCUCUUAUCCAGCAGAUAUGGUUGAUACGGAAUUCUCGGCUACCCCAUCUCCGACAGUCAGGGAUUGGUCUUUCAGCAGAUGAGAUGAACUCAUUUGAAGUGGCGCUAAAAAGGUGGGCCGUCUACUGGGAGCGAAAUCAAGAGUCAUCGAUGGACCCGUUGAGUCCUUACGGUCCCGUUGCUUUCACUUCUGUCGCACUCCUGCGCCUUGCGUAUAUUCGCCUCAACGUCGAUCUAGGUCCGAUCCGCUGCCUCAGUAGCUGGGACCCGCAUUUGAUUGCUCAGUCACUCCAUGAAAGCCCGCCUAUCCAACGAUGUGAAAAGCUCACGAGAGCGGCUCUUCAUUGCGCCCACGCACUCAGCAUUCCGGUGAAACUAGGCCUUAACCAUAUUGCUCAGACCCAAGUGUUAUAUUGGUCUAACCAGCAUGCGCUCUGCUCACUGGAGUGUGCGGUUCUGCUUGCCAAAUGGCUCGAGGCCGUUACAGCGACAGACGUCUCGCCGUCCUUGACUCCCGCGGAGGAGAGGCUCCUCAAUUUUGUGAUACAGCUUGUCUCUGAUACUGAAUACAAAGUCAGCCAGGAGGACAUCAUACGGAAAAAGCCACUUUUAAAUGCGAUGACGACUUACUGGAGCAUGAGCGGUGAUCCUAAUUAA